GGCCGCGCAGCCGCCCUACCACCCUUCGGGGCCUCGCGCUCCGACCCAACCCUGGAGCCUGAGCUGCGCAUGCGUCGCGCGAGCGGCCGCCUCCGCCUCUAGUAGGGCUCGCGGCGGGGCUGAGCGUCAGGACCCGGGGUCGGAGCCGCCCAGGAGCCGGUGAACCGAGUGGUCUCGUCAGAAGGGCGCGGGAGGGCAGGCGCACGAAGAAGGAGCGCCGCGUCCACCGCGGCUGAGAAAAAUGGUGUUCGAGUCGGUGGUCGUGGACGUGUUGAACCGGUUCUUGGGGGACUAUGUGGUGAACCUGGACAAGUCCCAGCUCAAUCUGGGCAUCUGGGCAGGAGCUGUGGCCUUGAAGAAUCUUGAAAUUAAAGAAAAUGCCCUGAGUCAACUGGAUGUACCGUUUAAAAUUAAAGUUGGCCAUAUAGGUAAUCUUAGUCUUAUAAUUCCAUGGAAAAACCUUUAUACCCAACCAGUUGAAGCUCUAUUGGAAGACAUUUAUUUACUCAUAGUGCCUUCUUCUAGAAUAAAAUAUGAUCCUUUAAAAGAAGAAAAACAACUCUUUGAAGCAAAGCAACAGGAACUGAAAAGGAUAGAAGAAGCAAAACGAAAAGUAGCUGAUCAAGAAAAACAUCGGGUGGAGAAACAGGACACUUUUACAGAAAAAUUAAUUACUCAGAUCAUAAAAAAUCUUCAAGUGAAAAUUUCCAACAUCCAUAUUCGCUAUGAAGAUGAUGUCACAAAUCGAGACAACCCACUGUCAUUUGGUAUUUCCCUUCAAAAUCUCAGCAUGCAGACAACUGAUCAAUACUGGAUUCCAUGUUUACAUGAUGAAACUGAGAAACUAUUUCGUAAGUUAAUCCUAUUGGAUAACCUUUUUGCCUAUUGGAAUGUGAAGUCUCAGAUGUUUUAUCUUAAUAAUUAUGAUGAAUCAUUGGACAGCCUGAGGAAUGGUAUUGUUGAUGAAAGUAUUAUUCCAGAAGGUUAUAAUUUUGUAUUUCGCCCCAUAUCUGCUAAUGCCAAACUUCAGAUGAAUCGUGGAUUGGAUUUUGACUUUUCUGCCCCCAAAAUAAGCCUGGAUAUUGAGUUACAUGACAUAACAAUUGAAUUUAAUAAACCACAGUAUUUCAGUCUUAUGGAACUUCUUGAAUCAGUUGAUAUGAUGACGCAAAAUCUACCAUAUAGGAAAUUCAAACCUGAUGCACCUCUCCACUACCAUGCCAAAGAAUGGUGGGUUUAUGCUAUACGUGGUAUUCUUGAAGUAAAUGUUCGGCCCCACUUACGGAUGUGGUCAUGGAAGCAUAUAAGAGAACAUAGGCAAAAAAUGAAGCAAUAUAAAGAACUGUAUAAAAAAAAGCUAACAAGUAAGAAGCCAUCUGGUGAACUUCUCAACUCUUUGGAGGAGUUGGAAAAGACUUUGGAUGUAUUUAAUAUAACUAUAGCAAGACAACAGGCAGAAGUUGAGGUAAAGAAAGCUGGAUACAGGAUUUUCAGAGAAGGAGCACAAGAGUCAGAGGAUAAUAAAGGAUGGUUUAGCUGGCUGUGGACUUGGUCAGAAUCACAUACUAAACAACAACCAGAUCUUAAACCUGGAAGUCUUGAAGAAAUGUUGACACCUGAAGAAAAAACUUUACUAUAUGAAGCAAUUGGCUAUAGUGAAACAGCAGUUGAUCCAACCUUGCCAAAAACAUUUGAAGCCAUGAAGUUUUUUGUUCACUUGAAAAGUAUGUCUAUUAUUCUAAGAGAACAACAACAAAAAUCUGAACUGUUAGAUAUUGUAGUGGAAGAAUUUAGCACUUUGAUUGUGCAAAGACCAGGAGCACAAGCAGUUAAAUUCGAAACCAAAAUAGGUUCAUUUCAUAUUACUGGCUUACCAGAUAAUUCAACAAAACCCCGCCUCUUGUCUUCAUUGGAUGAUGCUGCAUCACUCUUGCGGAUUAUAUUUGAGAUAAAUCCAUUAGAUGAAACUGUUGCUCAAAGGUGUAUCAUAGAAGCUGAACCUUUAGAAAUGCUAUAUGAUGCAAGAACAGUAAAUAGUAUAGUGGAAUUCUUCAGACCUCCAAAAGAGGUAAAUCUAGCACAGCUGACUUCAGUGACUUUGACAAAACUUGAAGAAUUUCGUGAUAAGACAGCAGCAGGUCUGCUGUAUAUUAUUGAAACACAGAAAGUUCUUGAUCUCAAAAUUAAUUUGAAGGCUUCAUAUAUUAUUAUCCCACAAGAUGGAAUUUUUAACCCUACAUCAAAUCUGCUUCUUUUGGAUCUUGGUCAUCUAAAGGUGACAAGUAAAAUUCGUUCAGAAUUACCAGAUUUAAAACAAGGUGGGGCGAAACUUGAAGAGAUAAUGCAUAGAGCUUAUGAUUCUUUUGAUAUUCAGCUUACAAGCAUACAGCUGCUUUACAGCAGAGUUGGUGAUAAUUGGAAAGAAGCACGAAAACUCAAUGUAUCCACACAACAUAUCUUGGUACCUAUGCACUUCAAUGUGGAACUCUCUAAGGCCAUGGUUUUCAUGGAUAUAAGGAUGCCCAAAUUCAAGAUUUUUGGAAACUUACCACUGGUUUCUUUACGAAUCUCAGAUAAAAAACUGCAAGGGAUAUUGGAAUUGAUUGAAAGCAUCCCAAAACCCCCACCUGCAACUGAAGUAAAUGUCCCUGUCAAACCAGUUCAGAUUCAAAGAUCCACUUCUUUGGGAACAUCACAGAUUUCACAGAAAAAGUUUCCUCUUGUGGAAAUUCCAUGUGUUGAAGAUGAUUCAGAUGAGGAGUUUUUUGAUGCCCCAUGUAGUCCCUUGGAAGAGCCUCUUCAACCUCCAUCUAGAGUUAAAAGUCCUCAACAAAAAAAGCUUCAAAAGCCAGAUUGUUCAAAAAAUAUGAUUGAGUAUAAAAUAAGAUUUGAAGUGCCAGAGGUUUUGAUUGAAUUCUGUCACCUUGUUGGAGAUUGUGAACUACCUGUGGUAGAAAUUAAUAUCUUGGGAUUGGGCACAGUCAUUGAGCUUAGAACAUUUGAUUUGAAAGCAAAUGCCUUUUUGAAAGAGGUCUGCUUAAAAUGCCCAGAAUAUUUUGAUGAAAACAAGAAACCAGUUUAUUUGAUUACAACACUGGAUAACACAAUGGAAGAUCUGUUAACACUGGAAUAUGUGAAGGCUGAAAAGAAUUUACCCAUAACAAUGUUGAAGGGCACCUAUAAUAAUGUUGUGCAACUGAUUAAGGUGAAUUUUUCCUCUUUGGAUAUUCAUUUACAUACUGAAGCACUUCUGAAUACAAUAAAUUAUUUUAAUAAUAUCCUUCCAUAUUCGGAGGAAAAACCAGCCCCAGUGCAUAUUGCAGAGACUGAAGACAAAGGAGAGUUUAUUAAAAAAAUACCUUUAAAACUAUCCCAGAAUGAAGAUAUUAUUACCUUACAGAUUUUAGCAGAACUAUCAUGUUUACAGAUCUUUAUUCAAGAUCAGAAACAUAACAUUUCAGAAAUUAAGAUUGAAGGGCUUGAUUCUGAGAUGAUUAUGAGGCCAUCAGUGACUGAAAUAAAUGCAAAGCUAAGGAAUAUAAUUGUUCUGGAUUCUGAUAUAGCAGCUAUAUACAAAAAGGCUGUUUAUAUUACUGGAAAAGAAGUUUUCAGCUUCAAAAUGGUUUCUUAUAUGGGUGCAACUGCUGGUUCUGCGUACACAGAUAUGAAUGUGUUUGACAGUCAAGUUAAUUUAACUGUUGGUUGCAUUGAAGUAGUUCUUGUCACAAAGUUUCUGUAUUCUAUAUUGGCUUUUAUAGAUAAUUUUCAAGCAGGUAAACAAGCCUUGGCUGAGGCAACUGUUCAGGCAGCAGAAAUGGCUGCUACUGGUGUAAAAGAACUGGCACAAAGGAGUUCUAGAAUGGCAUUGGAUGUUGACAUCAAAGCCCCAGUUGUGGUUAUCCCACAGUCUCCAGUUUCUGAAAAUGUUUUUGUUGCUGAUUUUGGACUAAUUACAAUGAAAAAUACAUUCCAUGUGAUAACAGAGAGUCAGAUCAACCCCCCACCCAUUAUUGAUUUGAUAACGAUAAAGCUGAGUGAAAUGCGACUAUACAGGUCUCAGUUUAUUAAUGAUGCAUACCAGGAAGUACUGGAUCUACUAUUGCCACUAAAUCUUGAGGUGAUUGUUGAGCGAAAUUUAUCCUGGGAGUGGUACCAGGAAGUUCCUUGUUUUAAUGUAAAUGCUCAACUAAAGCCCAUGGAGUUCAUUCUUAGUCAAGAAGAUAUAACAACUGUUUUUAAAACAUUAUACGGCAACAUAUGGAAUGAAGAAGGUGAUAGUGCCUCAUGUGGAGUAAUAAAAGAUCAGUCUAGUGUUACUAGUGGUGCUACUAAUGCUUCACACCAUUCAGGAGGAACAACUGUAGUGACAGCUGCUGUGGUAGAAGUACAUUCACAUGCUUCCCAAGUUAAGACAACACUAAAUAUGAGUUUCAGAACUGAUUAUCUCACCAUGGUACUGUAUAGUCCAGGUCCUAAACAGACUUCCUUUACAGAUAUUCGUGAUCCUUCUCUGAAACUUGCUGAAUUUAAGUUGGAGAAUAUUAUAAGUACUUUAAAAAUGUAUACAGAUGACUCAACAUUUUCUUCCUUCUCAUUAAAAAACUGUAUUUUAGAUGACAAAAGGCCUCAUGUCAAGAAGGCAACUCCUAGAAUGAUAGGACUAACAGUUGGGUUUGACAAAAAGGACAUGAUGGACAUAAGGUAUAAGAGAGUCAGAGACGGUUGGGUGGCUGAUUUAGUCCUUCAAGAAAUGUAUAUUUGUGCAAGUGUGGAAUUUCUGCUGACAGUUGCAAAUGUCUUUCUUGAGGCCUACACUACAGGCACUGCUGUAGAAACCAGUGUUCAAACAUGGCCUGCUAAAGAAGAAGUACUUGUACAACAAUCAGAGAAGUGGGAAAUUAAUAUUAUUAUUAAAAAUCCUGAAAUUGUGUUUGUGGCUGAUAUGACAAGAAAUGAUGCUCCUGCCUUAGUCAUUACAACACAAUGUGAGAUUUGUUGGCAAGGUGACUUUGAAAAUAAUACAAUGACCGCUGCCAUUAAAGAUCUCCAAGUGAGAGCAUGCCCAUUUCUUCCAGUCAAGAGAAAAGGAAAAAUCACCACUGUUUUGCAGCCUUGUGACUUGUUCUAUCAAGCUACUCAGAUAAGUACAGAUCCACAAGUGAUUGAAUUAUCAGUAAAAUCCCUGACACUGAAGGUUUCACCAGUUAUCAUAAAUACUGUGAUUACCAUAACUUCAGCACUUUAUACAGCUAAGGAAACCAUCCCACAAGAAACUCCUUCUUCUACAGCACAUUUAUGGGAAAAGAAGGAUACAAAGAAUUUAAAAAUGUGGUUUCUUGAAGAACCAAAUGAAGUUGAAAAAAUAGCUCCCACAACUGAAUUGGUACCCAAAGGAGAGAUAAUAAGAAUGAACAUUGAUUCUAUUUUUCUAGUUCUUGGGGCUGGAAUUGGUCAUCGAACAGUACCUAUGCUUUUGGCAAAAUCACGUUUCUCAGGGGAAGGCAAAAACUGGAGUUCCCUAAUAAAUCUCCACUGUCAGCUUGAGCUAGAAAUACAUUAUUACAAUGAAAUGUUUGGUGUGUGGGAGCCUUUGCUUGAACCCUUAGAAAUUGAUCAGACUGAGGAUUUUAGACCAUGGAAUCUUGGAAUCAAGAUGAAAAAGAAAGCCAAAAAGGCCAUUGUUGAGUCAAGUACUGAAGAAGAAAAUUACAAGGUACCAGAAUAUAAAACUGUCAUCACUUUCCAUUCAAAAGACCAACUAAACAUUACAUUAUCCAAAUGUGGCCUUGUAAUGUUAAAUAAUUUAGUCAAGGCAUUUACAGAAGCUGCCACUGGAUCUUCAGCUGCCUUCAUAAGGGAUCUAGCACCAUUUAUGAUUUUAAAUUCUCUUGGACUUAGUAUCUCUGUUUCACCAAGUGACUCUUUUAGUGUGCUCAGCGUACCUAUGGCAAAAUCAUAUGUAUUGAAAAAUGAGGAGAGUUUAAGUAUGGAUUAUAUCCGAACUAAAGACAAUGAUCAUUUCAAUGCAAUGACCAGCCUCAGCAGCAGAUUCUUCUUCAUUCUUCUUACACCUGCUAACCACUCUACUGCUGAUAAAAUCCCUUUAACAAAAGUGGGACGACGACUGUACACUGUAAGACACAGAGAGUCUGGAGUUGAAAGAUCUAUUGUUUGUCAAAUUGAUGCAGUGGAAGGAAGUAAGAAGGUAACAAUUCGCUCCCCAGUGCAGAUUAGAAAUCAUUUUUCAAUACCACUUUAUGUUUAUGGAGGGAACACCUUAUUGGGAACGGCUUCACCUGGAAGUGAACUUAACAUACCAUUAGCGUCUUACCGAUCACUCCUUUCCCUGAAGCCAGAAGAUGAGGACUAUCAAAUGUGUGAAGGAAUUGAUUUUGAAGAAAUUAUAAAAAAUGAUGGCACUUUUCUCAAGAAGAAAUGUAGAUCUCUAAACCCUUCCAAGGAGCCAUUUAUCAUUAAUAUUGUCCCAGAAAAAGAUAAUUUGACAUAUGUGUCAGUGUAUUCAGAAGAUGGUUGGGACUUACCAUAUAUAAUGCAUUUGUGGCCACCUAUUCUACUCCGAAAUCUUCUUCCUUACAAAAUUGCUUAUUAUAUAGAGGGCACUGAACAUAGAGUUUUUACUCUACAUGAAGGCCAUUCAGCCCAGAUUUGUACUGUACAGUUGGAUAAAGCCAGGCUGCAUUUAAAAUUACUUGACUAUCUUAAUCAUGAUUGGAAAAGUGAAUAUCAUAUAAAACCUAAUCAACAAGAUAUUAGUUUCAUCAGUUUUACUUGUGUUACAGAAAUAGAAAAGACUGAUUUAGAUAUUGCUAUCCAUGUGGCUUAUAAUACUGGCCAGACAGUUAUGGCAUUUCAUAGUCCUUACUGGAUGGUCAAUAAAACUGGUCGAAUGUUACAGUAUAAAGCAGAUGGAAUUCAUCGAAAGCAUCCACCUAAUUAUAAAAAGCCAGUUCUCUUUUCUUUUCAGCCAAAGCACUUUUUUAAUAACAAUAAGGUUCAGCUUAUGGUAACUGAUAGUGAACUGUCAGAUCAGUUUUCAAUUGAUACUGUUGGUAGUCAUGGAGCUGUUAAAUGUAAGGGCCUGAAAAUGGAAUAUCAAGUUGGUGUCACUAUAGAUCUUAGCAGUUUUAACAUUACCAGAAUUGUCACAUUUACACCCUUUUUUUUGCUUAAAAACAAAAGUAAAUAUCGUAUAUCAGUGGCUGAAGAGGGAAGUGAUAAAUGGCUCUCUCUUGAUUUGGAGCAGUGUAUCCCCUUUUGGCCUGAGGAUGCUUCUAAUAAACUUCUUGUUCAAGUUGAAAGAAGUGAAGGCUCUCCCAAAAAGAUACAUUUUAACAAGCAAGAAAGUUGUAUUUUAUUGCGUCUGGAUAAUGAGCUUGGAGGUAUUAUAGCAGAAGUUAAUUUGGCUGAGCAUUCUACAGUUAUUACAUUUUCAGAUUAUCGUGAUGGAGCAGCUCCAUUCCUGUUAAUAAAUCACACCAAGAAUGACAUUGUUCAAUACAAGCAAAGUUCCCUCUGUGAAAUAGAAGAUUCCCUCCCUCCUGGAAAAGCAGUUUUCUAUACAUGGGCUGAUCCAGUGGGCUCUAGAAAGCUGAAGUGGAGAUGUGGAAAAAGCCACGGUGAAGUAACACAAAAGGAUGAUAUGAUGACACCUAUAAAUCUUGGAAAAAAGAUCAUUUAUUUAGUUUCAUUCUUUGAAGGCUUACAACGCAUUAUUUUAUUCACUGAAGAUCCAAGGGUAUUUAAAGUGACAUAUGAAAGUGAGAAAGCAGAGUUAGCAGAGCAAGAAAUUGUGUUGGCACUACAAGAUGUUGGAAUUUCUCUUGUCAACAAUUAUACAAAGCAAGAAGUAGCCUAUAUUGGCAUUACAAGUUCUGAUGUGGUUUGGGAGACAAAGCCCAAGAAGAAGGCAAGAUGGAAACCAAUGAGUGUAAAGCACACUGAGAAGUUAGAGAAAGAAUUUAAGGAAUAUACUGAAUCUUCACCAUCAGAAGAUAAGGUUAUUGAGUUGGACACUAACAUUCCGGUUCGCUUCACACCUAGUGGUACUAACAUGAAAAUUCUGCAGCCACAUGUAAUAGCUAUAAGAAGAAAUUACCUUCCAGCAUUAAAAGUAGAAUAUAGCACAUCUGCACAUCAAUCAUCAUUUAGAAUUCAAAUUUACAGAAUACAGAUCCAAAACCAGAUACAUGGUGCUAUAUUUCCAUUUGUGUUUUACCCCAUUAAACCUCCUAAGUCGGUCACCAUGGAUUCAGCCCCAAAGCCCUUUACAGAUGUCAGUAUUGUCAUGAGAUCUGCAGGACAUUCGCAGAUAUCACGUAUUAAGUAUUUCAAAGUGUUGAUCCAAGAAAUGGAUCUCAGGUUGGAUCUUGGGUUUGUCUAUGCUAUAUCAGAACUUAUGACAGCAGCUGAAGUAACUGAAAAAACAGAGGUUGAGCUUUUUCAUAAAGAUACAGAAGCUUUCCAAGAAGAAUAUAAAAUAGUUUCAUUAGGAGAUUCAUCACAAGUCAGUCUCUAUGAAUACUUUCAUAUAUCUCCUAUCAAGUUGCAUUUAAGUGUUUCACUGAGUUCAGGUCGCGAAGAAGCUAAAGAUUCAGAACAACCUGAAGGACUGAUGGCAGUUCAUUCUUUAAAUCUUUUGCUGAAGAGUAUUGGUGCCACUCUUACAGAUGUACAAGAUGUAGUUUUUAAGCUUGCAUUUUUUGAACUCAACUAUCAGUUCCAUACGACAUCUGAACUACAGUCUGAAGUAAUAAGACACUAUUCAAAACAGGCCAUAAAGCAGAUGUAUGUACUCAUUCUUGGACUUGAUGUUUUGGGAAAUCCCUUUGGCUUGAUUAGAGAAUUUUCUGAAGGUGUAGAAGCAUUUUUUUAUGAGCCUUACCAGGGAGCCAUCCAGGGUCCUGAAGAGUUUGUGGAAGGAAUGGCACUGGGACUGAAAGCACUAGUUGGUGGAGCUGUUGGUGGAUUAGCUGGUGCUGCCUCCAAAAUCACCAGUGCUAUGGCUAAAGGGGUAGCAGCUAUGACUAUGGAUGAAGACUACCAACAGAAGAGAAGAGAAGCCAUGAACAAGCAACCAGCUGGUCUUAGAGAAGGCAUCACUCGUGGAGGAAAAGGAUUAGUUUCUGGUUUUGUAAGUGGCAUAACAGGAAUUGUUACAAAACCAAUCAAAGGAGCUCAAAAAGAAGGAGCGGCUGGUUUCUUUAAAGGUGUUGGGAAAGGUUUAGUUGGAGCAGUGACAAGGCCAACUGGAGGCAUCAUAGACAUGGCUAGCAGUACAUUUCAGGGAAUAAAAAGAGCUACAGAGACUUCUGAUGAAGUGGAGAGUCUGCGACCCCCUAGGUUCUUUAAUGAAGAUGCAGUUAUCAGACCUUACAGGUUGAGGGAUGGUACUGGAAAUCAAAUGUUACAGGUCAUGGAAAAUGGAAGAUUUGCAAAAUACAAAUAUUUUACCCAUGUCAUGAUCAAUAAAACAGACAUGUUAAUGAUAACCAAAAGUGGUGUGUUGUUUGUAACAAAAGGAACGUUUGGACAGCUUACGUGUGAGUGGCAGUAUAGUUUUGAUGAGUUUACCAAAGAGCCAUUCAUUGUUCAUGAGAGAAGGCUGCGCAUUGAAGCAAAGGAGCGGGUGAAGUCUGUAUUCCAUGCCAAAGAGUUUGGAAAAAUAAUUAACUUCAAGACUCCAGAGGAUGCAAGGUGGAUCCUCAGAAAGCUAGAAGAAGCAAGAGAACCUUCCCCGAGCCUCUGACAGAGACUGCUGCCUGAAGAUACACAGCAAUAAAUCAUUACAAUUUCUACCUUGUACCUUCUAAAACCUGUUUGGGAAGUAUAAUAUAGAAGUAAUUUCAAGUACUUUAAAAAAAAAAUCAGAAUCAAGUAAAACAGUUAUGUGAUUAAACUAUUUCAACUCUUUGGGGAUCCAUUUGGUUUUCUAACUUGAAUCAUGCAUCUGGUUACAAUUCUAAUUACUUUAUAAAGGAAAUAUUUCUUUUAUGAAUCUUAAAUAUUUGCUCCAUGUGAUUCUCUGUAAUGGUGGAGAAAUUGCCCAUAUUUAGCCUAAAUUUAAUGGAGCUAAAUGUAAUGUUCCUAGUUCACAUUUUACAGUUCUAUCAUGCUUGCUUCAAGGUCCCUGAAUGAGUGAUGGGUGAAUGAUCAAAUCAAACAUUGCCUUAGUGGUAUCAAGAUAACCUUGGUGGUAGUUUCUUUAGAAACAUGAAGUUCUUUUUACAGAUAAAUAUUUUGGUAUGAUUUUCCUUAUUUUUUUAAAUAGAGGGUAGGUUUGAAUUACUAUUUGAAGUACAUAGCAUGACUGUGAAAAACAAUCUUUUUUAUUUUAUAUAAUACAGAUUGACUAAUACCCCUUCAAGCCUCAUCCUAAGAAAGGCUUGAAGAAAUGAGUGUGCUACCCAAAAAGGGAAGGCCCCUCUCAGAACUUUCAAGCCUUAGAAAUACUUCCUCAAGCCAACUCCUUGAGAUCUACUUGGUUUACCAAGGUCAUGUUUAAUAGAUUGCUGACCUUAAAGGAAAAUUCCUGAGGCCUUAACAAUACCAACUUCCUAUUCACUGGUAGUAUGAAAUAAACAAAAGUCCCACCAUCUUAAUACGAGUUAUGCUUCAGAACAGACAGCCCCUCUCUAUACGCAUGUCGGGUAAAUGUAUGUACCCUAAAGUCUAACCCAGUAACCUGUCCUUUUGGCAAUAGAUUGAGCAUUUCUGGUUUGCUUUCUCUACAGUUAUUCAAGUGAGAAUCACUCUUUUAAGUGUAUACUCGUCAGAACAAAAAUCAUGGGCUGCACGUUAGUAAAGAUGUCAUGAGGGGUUUUUUCCUUGAUUUUUGUCCAAGAUCCUUGUACCUUGAUAUUAAUGGACUUUUUCAAGUGAAAGGGGAUGAAUAUAUGAUUGUGAACCAUGAAGAGAAUGAUGCAGUGUCUUAUUUAGUUAUUGAAUAAUACAAAGUAUUUGAUGCAUGUUGAACGUACCGCCAAAUUACUAUAAACUGUUUUUAGAAUUGGAGACUAUAUGAGUCAAUGGUUGUGAAAUUCUCCUCAGAUUCCUUGCUUUGUUGUAAAAGCUAAAAUAAACAGCAUGCCAGACUGUAAUUGUAUUUCUUCCUAACGAAAUCUUGCUACUAAAUACUAUUGAUUUUCCUCUGAUUACAAAUCUCAUUGUUUAUUAAUAAUAGUUUCCUUCAGAAUUUUUUUUCUUUGCUGAACAUAAAUUUAAUAAUGAGAUGACAAAUUUCAAAUCUCAUCAUAGUGCAUGCUCCCACGAUGACCUUUGUUCAACAUGCACUUUUUCUCUGUUGCUGAGCUCUUCCAAUUUUGCAUACGUUAGAAUUAAACCUAAGAGUAGAGGUAGUCAGAAAGCUUUUAUCAGAUUGUCCUCAUCUGAAAUGUUGUUUUACUGGAGUUGUAGUCAGUGCCAUUAGCCAAGUACCUCAUACCUACUCCAGUUUCAUGAUUUUAUUCUCAGAAAAAUACAGACCCAUAACUCUUUGGGUAUCCCAUAGUAAAAGGGAAAAGUCUAAAAGAGUAAGGAUAGAAAUUCUUCUGGUAUCCUCUGGAGGCCAGGCAAAGUGGGUCUUGUAACUACUAUACAUGCAAAGCCAGUGUGCCUAUCCUUCCUGUUCCCUUACCAAUGAGAACCUAGAAAUAUCUUUCCUUAUUCUUUCUCUACCCAUCAGUCAUCUACCCACUAACACCUCCCAUCAAUUCCUGUUUCUAGAAUGGAAAGACCCACGAUUUCAAGAGUAGUAGUUUAUCAAUUGUCUUAGAAGAUUUUCUUCAUCUAAACAAAGAACAUAAGUAGAUCACUAGAUGCGUCAGUCUUUUUAGCAUAACAUUUUACAGUUUACAAUUAUGUGUUUGAUUCUGUAGUCUUUUUCUUGAAUAUUACAGAGUCCAUAAUCUUAUGGUAUUUAAAAAUAAUCUACCCUGAAUUAUAUUUAACUGCGUUUAGUGGCUCUCUGCUUGAGAAUUGCAAACUUGUUUUCGUUUUUUGGUAAUUGCUAUGGAAGAUGUCCUGAGUAUCCUGUCCAUUAUCUCUUUGUAUUGAUAUUAUGUGUUAGCUAUAGCCCUAUACCCUUCAUGUAUCCCAAUCUGUGAUUAUUGUAUGAAGCUAAAGGCAGAGUGUCUGUUCCCUGCCAACUCUCCUCCAGAAAACUAUGAUCCCUAGACAUGGCAACUUUUUUUUUUUAAGAAUCAAUUUUGUUUGUUUAUUUUCGGCUGUGUUGGGUCUUCGUUGCUGUGCGCGGGCUUUUUCUAGUUGCGGCGAGCGGGGGCUACUCCUGGUUGCAGUGUGUGGGCUUCUCGUUGCAGUGGCUUCUCUUGUUGCGGAGCACAGGCUCUAGGCGCAUGGGCUUCAGUAGUUGUGGCACACAGGUUCAGUAGUUGUGGCUCACGGGCUCUGGAGCGCAGGCUCAGUAGUUGUGGCACAUGGGCUUAGUUGCUCCGCGGCAUGUGGGAUCUUCCCAGACCAGGGAUUGAACCCAUGUCCCCUGCAUUGGCAGGCAGAUUCUUAACUGCUCCACCAGGGAAGUCGCUAGACAUAGCAACUUUGAUUUCUGAUACAAUAAGAAGCUUGUGAUUUCUUCACAUUUACAAAAUACUCUCUGAACCAAAGAGCAUGUGCACUUCUGCAGUGGCUUCCCUAUUACAGUAUGUAUGUUAGCUGCUUCUUUCCUGGUGUUAGCAAGACCUUGGAAUUUUUCCCAUGCUCAGUUUAGUACAGCUGAGUUAUUUUCUGGUUCCUAAAUAAUCAUGACUAGCUGUAGGCAGUCCUUCCCUGUCCCUCUCUCCUCCAGAAUCCUAAUCCAUCCCCAAAGUAUCCUGUGGCUUCCAAAUAAGAAAAUCUUCUUAAACUUAUUUAUCAUUUCUAUAAAAUUAUCUCUCUCAUUUUUUCCAAUGGUAGUAGCAGUAAUAUAAUACUAUCCCAGUGAAUAUAUACACACCUAGCUUAUCUCUUAGAAAUAGCCUGCAAAGUAGUAUCCUAUUCCUUCUGGUAAAAAAUAAAGGCACUACUCAGUGCUGAAUUUUAUGAACCUUAUUCAGUCAUUAGUUACCAGUUUUAGUUGGUACUUCAGGCCAAGCCAAAGCCCCAGUAUUAAAAAGGUUGGGACAAGGUGCUGGGUUAGUUUGCCUGUAGGAACUGAAAGUGUGCACCGCAUACACUGAAGGGAGAAGUAGCUGUUUGGAAAUGGGUGUUUUCAUGCCCCAGCCAACAAGUCAGAGAAAUCUGUUUGGGUUCCAGGGCCAUUGCUUUUACCUUUUCUCAAGAUCAGCUAAAAUCCUCAAGCACAGUGUUUUUCAAACUGUAGUUCUUAACCCAUUAGUGAGCCAUAAAAUAAGUUCAAGAUCAGCAUAUUUUAAAAAUAGAAUAGAAAAGAAGAGAGUUUUGCGUGUAACAAGGUUAAAUAUUGUUUUCUGAAAUAUCGUUUCAGUUAAAUAAUUUAUACUGUGUGUACCGGGUCACAAUAUAAAACAUACUUUCUUAUUGGGAAUUGCAAUUUGGGGGGACGGGAAGAAAACCCUUGGAAGCCAGUGCUGUAGGAGGUGUUUACCAUCCAGUAACUGUUGAAACAAUCUGGGCUGUGCCAAGCCUUACCUUACCUUAGAUAAGAAGCAACGGAUCCACGACUCAGGGAGUCUUUAAGUUGUGAGCACUGCCUUUUUCUUUUGAGUGAGAAGACAGGAUAGCUCUUGUUUCAGAAAUGUUUCCCUUUCCUGGUGUGUAUCAGAUACCCUUAGAUAGCUGUGUAAUAUGUUCCACUAGAUAUCAGUGGUCUAGAAAAAGCAUAGACACAUUAGAUCCACAAACAGCAAGCACCCAAAAAAUGUCAUAGGAUAUCCUUUAACUACAUGUAUUUCAAUCUCUCACACACUAAGCAUUCUACUAAGAUGGGCACAGAAGUUCUCCUUUUAAGUACAUUGAGUGUGCUCCAUCUGCCUUCUGUCUGAUUCACCAUACAGGUGGCAAAGGCAAAUGGGGAGCUUAUUCAUAGGUCACAAUCUUUUAGGGCCAAAAUACUUAUUCUCUGGAGGGUGCUAAAUAAAUGCCAGUGCUGUUUAGCUGAAAAUAAUUGGAUUUCCUAAUUUCUGUAGGAUUCAAGUAGAAAAUAUACAUAACCUGAUUCUUUUUGCAAGAUUCAAUACAAAAUUUAUUCACUCUGGUUUUCUUUGGUGCUACCCAGUAUCACUGAUAGCUCCUUUGCAUACUCUAAAUGAGGACCAUCCACCCUCCUGCGCAAUCCUUUGAAAUAUACUUUUGAAAUUAUACCUUACUGCUAAUGCUAUACCUACUGAUCAGUUAAAAUUUUUAGGAUUCUUAUCAUCUAUAUUUUUGAUCAUUGCCCAAAACAGCUAUCAGUGCAGACCUUUUCUCAUGCUUCUUUUCUUUCUACCACAGUUGGUGUAAAGCAGUACUUGUUUCAGGGCUAUCCUAAAAGGCCAGCACAAGGCCUGAGAAGAUGCUGGAUCCUACUCUUUUACAAACCUUCUUCAUGUUUCUUUAACUGAAACCUUUUUUACUUUAUUUCCUCUUUUGUAAGGUAAAUUGUUCAAUGUCAUUUUUUUUUAAGUUUUGCUUUACAAUUACAGAUUAGUUCUUUUCUAAAAGCAUUAUGACAUUUCCAAAAAACUGAUAAUUCUGGUUACACAAUGAGCCAUGUAAGAGAUGAAACUUCAAAUUUUAUAGGUUGAUAUGAGUAUAUUUUUAAAGUUUUUAUUACUUUAUACAAAUCCAAAGUUAUUUGUAUUAUAGUUUAGCACCUGCUAUGAUAUCUGUCAACCUGAAAAUCCCUGUCUGUCACUGAAUACCAUUCACAUUCAUUUAGUAUUGCUCUGAUACCUUUAAUAAUGGGUUCCUCCUAAUGAAGUCCUUGUAAUAAGAAACCCUGUAAGAGUAAUAUAAUAAAAAGUCUAAUAAUCAGAAGUGUACUUAAAAUAGAUCGUGUUGGAAACCCCCAACAUUUCUUCUAAUGCCAUCAUACCACCAGCGUUCUAUUGGCUACCCAAAAGUUUCCACUUUGGGAGCUGAAAAAUGUUCAAGUAACAAUGUAGACUACACUAAAAUGUUCUCAGUGUCAAUAAUUUUAUACCCACACUCACAGACUAUUAGAAAUUGUAUGUGGGACUUGUUGCAAAUUCAGGUUGUUGUAGACCUUUUAAAAUGAUCAUCUCUGUAUGUGAAUAUGUGUAUCACAUAUAAAAUUGAAUUUUCAGGGAAUGUGCACUUUAAAAAUAUUUCCUUACUAAUUUUUGUAUUGACCAAAUAGUCUUUGCUCCUUUGGAAUGCUUAUUCUUUAGCAAAAAUAUGGUUGUUGAUGAUGACAGUUCUUUAAAUGUCUGUUUCUGCAUCAGUGCAAUAUUUCCUUUACUUUUGUGUUCCUUAUACUUAUGGCUGACCCAGUUGCCUGUUAUACAGUCUCUGCCUUGAUUUUGUGUGUUCUGGUAAAAUAAUUAAUCUAUAAACACAAACGUUUACAGUGAAGUUCUUCCUCUUGAAAUUGAACUUAGUCUUUUUUUCCACUGCAAAUUGGUUGGCUAUGCUCACCAAUGACUUUUUUUCUAAAUAAUAAUAAUUUCUUGCUAUUGGUAGAAUUGGAUUGCUUGGUCACUGACUGCCCAGUUUAACUAUGUGUACCUCUUUCAAAUAAAUUGAGUCAAAUAAAGAUUUCUGAUCUUCAGUCUG